ACUGUCCCUUCAACUGUGUGUUUAAUCCAUUUGCAAGUGUAAAAUAGUUAUAUGAAAGCAACAUUGCAAUAUUAAAGGGCUAUAACAUAUUAUAGCAUAUUUUUGUACUUUUUUAUAAUCAAACUUUACAGACCCCAAAGACCUGCAUUGCCAGUCAUAUGCCUGCAAUCAUGGACCACAAACUACACUUCAUUCCCCUAAAGCCCCUGUUAGUCAUAUGCUUAUUUUUAUCAAUCAGCCCUUAAGUGUCACUAAAAUUAGACCUCACAACCGACCCAUGGAAGUGCAGCCCCUGUCAGCAGUUUUCCUAUCAGACUUCAGAGGACAAAUUCUUUAAGUUUUUUUAAAUAUAGCUAACUGGUGGUUGAAAUACCUGAAUGUCCAGUUAAACCGUGAAACCCUGACAACCCUAAAUAUGAGAGGGUGAAGUAGGAUUUCUGUCCAUCUACACUAACGGCAGAGAAAUAACAGCUGAGUCACACAACUUAAAAACAAUCUGUCCCUGGGACUGUUAUCUCUGUUUCCUUAUGACAAAGAAAGUUCUAGGGCUGGGUCAUUUGCCACUUCAUAUUGGCUGCCUGCAGAAACGCCUCCACCAAUGAGAACCUCCCAUUCAUAAGAACAACACAGACCCAGCUGGAGAGUGAAGCAGAGUAAGAAUAAGAGGCGACCAAUGAAAAACAAGAGCCGAAACCAGAGAGUGGUAUCCCUGGACCCUCCAAUGCCAAGGGGGUAUGUAGAGGCAAGCUGGGCCUGGGAUGUGAAUAUUCAGUCUCCAGACACAGUGCUUUCACCAUGCAAGAGAGCUGUCUACUUCCAUAUAGACCCAGUCAUAGACGGUGGUACUGCUGGGGUUCGAGGUGACAGAGGGUUUGUAUAUGGUGAACAUUACUGGGAAAUAGAGUUUCUGGAGCCUCCUGCCGGAAUGUCGGUAAUGGUUGGUGUUGGAACGAGCAAAGCUGCACUGCAUGCUGGGAAAUUUCGGUACAUUGACUUGUUAGGGAUGGAUUCAGAAAGCUGGGGUCUGUCUUAUAAAGGCACAGUCUGGCAUGGGGGCCACAGCCAAAGGUACACAGAGCCAUUCUACAGCCAGGGAACAGUAAUCGGUGUGCACCUGAAUCUGGAAGAGGGGACCCUUAGUUUCUAUAGGGAUGGGAAGAGUUUAGGCGUGGCAUUUACUGGACUGCAUAAGGUCCAAUCACCUCUAUAUCCUAUGGUUUCCUCCACCUCACCUGGUACUGAACUGGAGCUGGGCUUGCGUUGCUGCAGUUUACCAUCUCUGCAGGAGAGGUGCCUUGACACUUUGGCUCACAGUUUGGCACAAAAGGACUUGGCUGACUUCCUCCCUCUACCACCAGUAGUCAAAUGGAAGCUAAAAAGCUGGAAUUAUGACAAAACACAAAGUGUACUAGGGUGCAAGUAGUAACAUGGACCUUACUAUUGUAAUGAUCAUCCGUCCAAAUGCCACACUGAUGGCACAGAGAAUAACUAGAGCACGGAAUAUUCCUGCAAGUCAACAGGAAUCACAAGCAGUAAAUUCUGAGGAAUUAGUAGCCAGAUAGGCACAGUAGACAGAAGACACUGUAGGACACUGAUGUGCUUUAUCAGCUAUUGCACUGUCUGCUGUGUGUGUUUUUACACUCAGGGCAUUGGUAUCCUGUAUGAGUGUGAUAUGCUCCAUGUUUGCACUGGAGUCCGCAGAGGCAGCACACUUAGCUAAAUUAGUUAUUUUGGUCUUUAUUUUUAUUAACACUUGGAGCAUUAUACAGCUACCUCUAUCCAGGGAAUAAUAAACUUCUGUGCCUGCAGCUAAGUCACAACAUCAGGACCAAUUUUAUAUAUAGGUACAGUAUGUGUAUGUAUAUGUGUGUGUAUGUAUGUAUAUAUAUAUAUAUAUAUAUAUAUAUAUAUAUAUAUAUAUAUAUAUAUAUACUGUAUUAUCAAUUAAAGCCAAUUAUGGAACGCUAUAUAGCAGUGGUAGCCUUGAGAAGUUUGUAGUGUGCAUUUCCAGUUUUGAGAAUUAGAAAAUCCAAAUUUUUUCAGACCUAAGUUACAGGAAAAAGGGAAAAAUAAAUAAUGAAAGUAUAA